UUCAAAGGUUAUUUUUCGUAAAUAUAUGUUUACUCUGUCCGUCACUUUAAAUGGUUCAAAAUGCCUAAAAGGAAACAAGCAAUGACUGGAAGGAUGGAGAGCUGUACAGAAGUGACCAUCACUCCGAAGCCAGUAGAUAGGAAAUUAACAACUGCAUUGUGUAAGAAUCAGACAGUGGAGCAGAAAGUAAUCGUCAACACCACUGAAGCGACAAAUAGAUCAAGAAAAACAACACCUAUUUCAGUAGCAAAUGCAGAAAAUACAUGUAACCUGACAGAGGACAAAAAUGAUGAAAGUGAUGGAACAAUGAAGGAGAGAGAAGAUGCAGUAAUCACCAGUUUGACUUUUUCCUGUCCCUCCCCUGGCCGUAAGGGAUUAGGGCAUUCAACUGGAAAGUAUUCUCGUCAUAAAAGUGUAACUACGUGUCCAAUGGCAGCUAAAAAAAGGAAGCAAGAGGAAUCAGGAGUGGAGGCUGAUGUACCUGCUGCUAAAUGUAUCAAAGUGGAGAAAGUUGACCCUACUGGUGAAGUGGUGGAACUGAUCAAGGUCAAGGUUGAGGAGGAGGUGGAAAAUGAAACAGAUGAUCUGGUUAUGAACUCAUCUAAUGAGGGAGUGAAGUUGAUAGUAACAAAAAAACCAGCACUAGAAUCCCUUAAUGAGGAACAGCAGUGUUUUAGGGAGGCAGAGAGGGCUCUACGAAGUCUCUCUGGAGAGUUAGACUCAGAUGUGAUCAUUGAACAUACAAGUGUUGAGGAUGAGAUUAAGGAAGAACAUUCUAGUGAUGGAGAGAAAGAGGAGGUUGUGGUUGGAGAAAGUUCAGAGGACAUGUGUGUGAUCACAAAAGUGAUAACGGCUCCAAAACCUGACAUUGUGGAGAUUAAAGUAGAGAAAGCAGAUAAACCAUCAAUAUUUGUGUCACAAUCAUCAGAAAAACAGGACUUGUCUGGUGUUGUGUCGCAGUCAUCCAGUGAGGAGGAGAUUCUUAUAAAGAUUGAACAACAGUGUGCCACCAUUCAGUCACAGACAGGUCAGGCCUCCACCACACAGACAGAUGCCACAAUCACGAAAGUGGAGAUAGGAUCUGAUGUACAAACUGUAGCCACAUCUAAAGCUAUUCCUAUAUCUCUGAUCAGUAAUCUUAGCCAGAUCCAGGCCUCCACGAUAACAGUCACUCCCAAGGAGGAGAUGGAGGACGAGGAGGAAGAAGGCCAGUUCCAAGUUGUAGCAGAAUGGAGCGGGACAACGACAGGAGAAACAACUUCAACUACAAAUACAACCUCUGUUGCUAGUCAAAGUGUGAAAUCUGAGGAAGAUGUUAAGCCUAUGUUGGCACCAGAUGAUAGCAAAGACAAAGAUGUGAAGUGUCCGACUCCAGGAUGUGAUGGUUCAGGUCAUGUGACUGGUCUCUACUCUCAUCACAGAAGCUUAUCAGGCUGUCCGAGGAAGAGCAUGGCUCCACCUGAAGUGGUUGCCUUGCAUGAAAGCCUUGCCAGGUGUCCUACUCCAGGCUGUACCGGAAAGGGACACAUAAACAGCACCAGGAGCACACACAGAAGUUUGUCUGGAUGCCCAAUCGCUGCCAUGGGAAAACUAGUCAGUUCCACACAGGCAAAUGCUAGGAAAUCGGGGCUCCAUCUUGUUCUGCUCCCCAAAGAAGACGACCCAUCCAAGGCGGUUCUUGCCACAUGCAAUGAAAAAGAGCUCAUCCGAUUGGCUGCUCAGAAGUGCAAAUUGUCAGACAAAACAAUGAGUAGCUUGGCCGGACUGUCUGCCUCGGAGACGGACCGAGUGCUGCGACCAAUGAUACUAACCAAACAGCUGGAGCUGCAGAGUAUUGACUCUGUAGUGUCCACCUCCACACCGCGGGGCAAUCUGGCAAAAGAAUUAGAGAAGUAUAACCGUCCAGAACUGCAGGGAGCACCCACAGCCCCUACAGCUGCUGUCAGUCAGGCAACAACACCGGGACCUACUACAGUGGAACAGUCCAGUCCCCCAGAACGUUCCACAACACCCCCACUUCCCCCUGCCAAACCCAAGAUCAUGAAACGUGACUCAGACCGUCCCAAUAUCCUCCGACGACCAAGUUUAAAGCCUCAGAAUAAAUCAUCAUCAUCAUCAUCAUCAUCUUCAUCAAGCAGUAGUGUGUCUUCUGCCAAUAGCCUCUCCCGAAGUUCAUCAACCACCUCACUGGAAGGGAGUGACUUCAUGAACAGUGUUAGUGAUCUUCUAGGCAGGAAAAAAGUGCCCUCCGGUGGGGCUCCACCGUCUUCAGUGGCAUUUACCAGGUCUGUUACGACGUUGACUAUUCCUAAUCCCUUGAUGGCGAAGUCUAAAAUGCCCACCCCUGGAUCUAUACUCCCCUCCAAAACAACCAAAACCUCAACCAAAUCCACAAUCAGCUCUAUUUACGUCAGUCCCACAGGACAAACCAUCAACGUGCCCUCGGGGUACGUCUUACUCCCUCAAUACACGAAAAAGUGUGGGGACUUAAAUGCUGACAGAUUAUCAGGGGAGCCCACUUGUAGUCCAGUAGACCAUGACAACGACCCUCGUUCUCAAAGUCCAGACUCGCUCAAGGCCAAGAUGGAAAAUAAAGAAAGCCUUCAGUGUCCCACCGUUGGAUGUGACGGAUCGGGACACAUCACAGGGAAUUACUCCUCUCACAGAAGCCUAUCGGGGUGCCCAUUGGCUGAUAGAGCCACGGUACAAGCCAAUCAGAUUGAAUUAAAAUGUCCUACUCCGGGCUGUGACGGGUCAGGCCAUGUCACUGGUAACUACGCAUCACACCGCAGUCUGUCUGGUUGUCCACGAGCGGCCAAGCUAAAAAAGAUCCUGGGUAAAGAAGGGGACCGUAAGGAGGAUGAACCCCUGAGAUGUCCAAUUCCAGGGUGUGAUGGGACAGGUCAUGUGACCGGAAAGUAUUUGUCUCAUCGCAGUGCCUCUGGAUGUCCUCUUGCCAAUAAACACAAACUUCAGAGACAGCUCCUGGCCAGCUUGGAUGGUCAGGACCCAGAACUAGCAAAGUCACUGAAAAUGGAUGGCGUUGUGUGCCCCACUCCAGGAUGUGAUGGAUCUGGGCAUGCUAACGGCAGCUUCCUAUCUCAUCGCAGCCUGUCUGGCUGUCCAAGGGCCACCCAGGCCAUGAAAAAAGCCAAACUUAGUCCUGCAGAGCUCACUACUCUUCAUAUGAAACUCCAGAAUGGGGAAGAUUUAGAGGAAGAUGAAGAAUUUCAGCAGAUGGAUGAAGAAAUAUCAGAACUGCGGUCCUCAAAUAUGGCUGUUGAGUCCACAGUGAUCAAAUUGAGAUCAGAAGUUUCAAGUCUGGAGAACCAGGUCCAUCAGGAGGAGAAGGAAAAUUUUGCCAUUGCCCAGCAGAAUGAAAAUCUCAAAAACUACCUCAACACAUUAAAGAAGGAAAUUCUGGGGGUGUUAGCUAGUCAGAACAUUCCUCACCUCAAUCCAAGCUUGGUAAAUGAGGACAACUUAGAGGCCUGCAUCAGUCAGCUACAGAGCUUAUAUGCCAACCACUCAGGGGAUGGUAAUGUCUUCUAUAACACUGUCAACAUAUCUGUCUCAGAAAUACAGGUAGCUUAG